AUUCGUCUCACUCCGAGCCUCGAGCAUCCUGACAAGUCGCAGCUAGGUAGCCUAGUCCGUGUACAGGUAUAGUCGAAUAUGGCCUACGAACGCAUCGCGCUCGAUCAGUUCCUAGCGCAUUUCUCCACCGCGACCGAAUUAUCGAGCGUCGCUCUCGGAGGCAGCGUUGUCUCCGUCUCUGAUGAGUUCUUUGCAGAGGCGUUUCACUUGUUGCUUGUCGAGCCGGCGCCCAGCUUGAAAGGCCAAUUUGGACCCAAAGGCGCGCUGUUCAGUGGAUGGGAAUCGCGGCGCCACAAUCCCACCUAUGACUGGUGUAUCAUUAAAUUGGGCACUACUGGCUCCGUCUUCGGAUUUGACGUGGACACUGCGCAUUUCAAUGGCAAUGAAGCACCUCAAGUCAGUGUGGACGCGAUGUACUUGCCCGCAGAUGCCCCUCCUCCUGACGUGGAUGACCAUCGAUGGACAGAGAUCUUGCCCAAAGUUGACCUCGGUCCAAGCUCGAGACACCUGUUCAAAAUCAACGCGAUACCUAUGGUCAACUACGUCAAGCUCAACAUGUACCCGGAUGGAGGUAUUGCUCGCUUCCGUGUGUAUGGGCUGGUAACUCCAGUCUUCCCGUCUGACCUCUCCGUUGCCUUUGAUCUUGCCCACGUCUUCUCCGGAGGAAGAGUUGUUUUCACAUCAGACCAACACUUCGGUGUUGGGUCGAAUCUCAUUCUUCCCGGGAGAGGCAAAGAUAUGGGCGAUGGGUGGGAGACGAAACGUAGCCGUCAGAAAGGCCAUAAAGACUGGGCCAUCAUCAAACUGGGGGACAUAGGAUACCUUUCGCAUGCGGAGAUCGACACCGCCCAUUUCAAAGGCAACUUCCCAGAGUCGUGCGAACUGCAUGCCACCCGCAGCAAUGAGCUCAUCCCAAAUGACGUUCCCGAGGACAAAUGGACGCUUGUCCUUCCACGGACGAAGCUCGGACCGCACCGACAACACUAUUUCCAGCUCGAGAACGUGGACAGUGCUCCAUUCACGCACGUCAGGGUGACCAUAUAUCCCGACGGGGGCAUCAAGCGAGUCCGAAUCAUCGGAAGGCGUGCGGGCGGCAGUCAUGACACAGCGCGUGGCGCCGUUACGCGAGAUGAGAAAGCAGUACCCAUCACGACUGAAGAGGAAGCUAUCACGUCUGUGGUAUCUGCUGCUUCUACUGCGCCGACGCCUCAGCGACUCGGCGGGCCCGUCAUCCCGGCGCUGCCACUCACGCCGGAGGCGUUCGCGCCCUUUGGCAAGGUGAUACAAGGCUACGCAGAUGUCAACGCAGUUCCGUCUCCGAGGACCACGCGCAUCACCAGCGCGAACCAAGGAACGGCUGUCAAGUUCCACAAGUUGGCGCUGCUCGAGUCGUCUUACCCGCCGGAUGCGGGCGCGACGACGGGCUUGUCCGUGUACCGGUGCCAGCCAAUCGACGUCAAGGCCGGCGGCCAGUGGGAGGUGAAGCUCCUGGAGAGGCACCCAUUUACUAAUCAGGCGUUCAUCCCGAUGGGUGCGGGAGAGGAGUUGCAGAACCCCGCGAAGAAGUACUUGAUUAUUGUAGCGCAGAAUGGUGAGGACGACAAGCCUGACUUGCGUACCAUGAGAGCGUUCGUUGCGUUGGCUGGACAAGGAAUCUUGUAUAACACGGGAACAUGGCACCACCCGAUGGCCGUCCUUGAACAGCCGAUGGACCUAACCUGCGUUGAGACUCAGACAAGUAACGGAGACGAUCGGGAUUGCGAGAUUGUCUCGUUGGAAGACCUUGGCGCGUCCUACAAAGUCCAACUUGCGUAAAGCAUGACCAGGAUGUACUCGUUGUGAACGUCUAUGUAAAGUACAUCGUAUAUAUGGAUAUGUCUAUAAUAUUCAUACGGAUUAUCUUCUGCUCAG